AUGUUUUGCAACGAGGACAACUACGCCGACUCCAGGAACAGCGCAACGCGGCCGGCGGAGUUGCUAGUCGCCGACGGGAGCAUGCUUAGUCCCCCCGCCGUCCUAGACAUGUGCGCGCUUUACGGCAGAUCCAAUCCUUCCCUGGUGGUUGGGUUGCUCAGGUCGCUGGGGGAGUUGGAUGGCGGGGCUGCAGGCGUGUCUUCCCUGGCUGAGGGUCUCGAGAAGGCCGUGUUGGCAGCGGCCGGCGCGCUGGCGGAAGUCCACGCGAAGAUGGCCGGCGCCCAAGAUGGCCUCGGUCUCGGACCUCCCAUCGACCACACGGAGGCCUCCGAUGUCCUGUCCUACGUAACCGACGUCGCCGUCAGCGUUGGCUCUCUCCUCCAAGCCUCCAGUGGUGUCCGUGCUGUCGGCAGCAGCGGCGGCGGCGGCGGCGGCGGUAGCGGUGGAGGAAUCGGGCUGCUGGCGCAGCGGCUUCAAGGGUCCGACGGCGAGGUUUCCCCCGAGGGGCUGGCGGCGGCGCUGGCCCUGACUUUCGAGGCCACGCUGCCCGCCCUGGAAGGCUUUCUCCUGGCGCCGACUUCCUCCGGCAAGGUUGGGGCACCUGACUCCGAGAGCGUGAGGGCGAGGGGACGCGUGGCGAGGCAGUGGCUCCUCCGGUGCCUCCACGGGCUGAUAGGGCCGGUCUUUCUGCAGCCGCUAGGCCUGCAGGAGGCGUCGCCAUCUGUAGCGGGGAGCGGGGACGGAGACGGGGCAGGAGAUGCCGGGGUGGCAGACGGCCUGUUCAGCUUCGUCACCUCCGUCACCGCCGCCUCCGGCCACCUCGCGCCCACCGGCUAUGCGGGGUCCCUCCUCGGGGAGUACAACCGCCGCUUCCGCCUCGCCGACGCCCUCGACCAAGCCCAGGCCCUCGGAACGCAACCAAUCCCGCCGCAUCCGCCGCAUCCGCCGUCGGAGAAGCAACGGACACCACGGGUGGGCCUAGCGCCGGGCCUAGUCCUCGGUCCCGAGCGCACGGAGUACCUGACGGGGGUCCUCCGCGCCCUACCCGUUUCGGAGGAAGGGGUUUCGAAGGAGGCAGAGGCAGAGGCGGCGGCGGCGGCGGCGGCGGCGGGGGCGAGGGCCAUGUCGGCGGCGUUGGACAUGGGG